AUCUGUGAGCAGACGUCACAUCUGCUAAGCCAAUAAAGAAGAUACACAGUGAUUUAACACUAAUAAUGGAAACGCAAUUGGAUAAGGUGUUGACCGAAUGUCUAGUACAGCAGGACACGGUGGGAGCACUAGUUGCCAAUCCUCAGGGCCUGUGCUUGGGCGCAAAAGGCAUCAUCAACCCCAAUGUAUCCGGAAUAGGCAUGGCAAUAUCUGAGCAAGUUGCUAAGUUGGAGCCGGAGAAUAAUGCACCUGCGACCAUUUGCCUGUACAGUGGUAAUAAGCGAUGCAUCAUUCAGAAGGAUGGUGAGAUAACGGGCAUUAUUUACAAGCAUGCUACCGAGUCAUCCAAUAAUUAAUAGUGGUGGUAGGAGAGGAGCAGGAGUCACAGUCGUAGCCACAAGUCUUCCAUUUGAGCUCGUUGCACUGCUGUGGACAGACACCAUCUCCAUGCUGGCUGUUAAAAUUGCGCUGCUUUUAGCGCUAUCUGUGUAUUGUUACAGUUUAUUUGUUUUCAAUUUGCUUUUUCUCUCUGUUCAUUUUUUUUGUAUUUGUUAGGAUCGUAAGAACAAACAAUAUUAUUAUACGCCAUGUACUACAGUUAAGCCUAUAUACAUACACUUAUAUUAUUAAGCCUAAAAGUGAUCAAACAAGAUGAAUUAUAAUAGCAUAGAAAAAACACAAAACAA